ACUUGCGCAGUAGACGAGAAGUUUCACAGAGAAGUCACCGUCCUGAGUAUUUCUGUGCUUAUUUAUCACAACUUAUCAUCAUGGAAUACUACUGGACAAUCUUCCUGUUUGCAGCCUCCUUUGGUAGAACUCAUGGUGACUGCGGUGCGCCUCCUAGACUGCAGUUUGGGGAGCUCGACACACAAUUCAGCGACCAAGAUAAUUUUUCUACUGGUGCAGCCGUAACUUAUAAGUGCAGAUCUGGAUUUACUAGAGUUCAAGGAACCAACAAUUCUAUAACUUGCUUAAGUAACUCCACAUGGUCCACUCCUGAUGAGUUCUGCACACGACGAUCAUGUGGGAAUCCUGGUGAUUUACUACAUGGAUCAGUGUCCUUUACAGAUACACUGUUUGGAUCUAGAGCAACCUAUACUUGUGAUCUUGGGUACAAAAUGAUAUCUAAAAGGAAUUUUAGAGAAUGUCAGAUCGAUGGAAUAUGGAGUAAUGAGGUACCUGUAUGUGAAGUUCAGACCUGCCCUCCCCCAAAUGCAAUUACAGAUGGGUCGUUUACUCCAGAUAAUGAGGAGUACGAAUACUUGAAUGCUGUGACUUAUCAAUGUAAAGAUAAGACAUACGGACUUAUUGGAGAAAAGACUCUAUCUUGCACAGAGCAUGGAAACUGGAGUGCCGAUCCUCCACAAUGCAAAGCGGUGGAAUGCUCAGAUCCUAGAGUUAACAAUGCAGAAAAAGUAUCUGGAGUUUCUGGCCCCUACCACCUACUUAAUACUAUUGAAUUUCGGUGUUUACCAGGCUACACUAUGGUUGGAUCUGCCUCUGUCAAGUGUAAUGUUAGUAGUGAGUGGGAACCUGCUCUACCUACCUGCAGCAGAAUUGUUACUCAGAGUCCAACAACAACUGAAAAGGAGACUGAAUUUGGAGGCUCAACUACCAACCAAAAACCAACUACCAACCAAAAACCAACUACCAAGGGGAAAGAUGAGAACAAUGAAGGUUCAACUGUUACUAAAAACACGACUAAGCAGAAGGAUGAGACGACUGGAGGGGGAAAUAACACUGGUGCUGUCGUGGGAGGAGUUAUCGCUGGAAUUGUUGGAAUUCUGGUUACAGCAGCAGUUAUUUAUAUGUGCUGGUAUAAGAAAAGAAAAGGGAAACGCGCUAAUAAUCUUCAUUAUGUCAGUUAUGGCAUUUGCGAUGAAUAAUGGCUUCUAAGAAUUUGGUAUCUACACGUGUGGCUUAGCUUUAGAACUAGUCCUUCAUGCUUGAAGAAAAUGCUGCCAUGGAGGCUCCUUCAGACUUUUUUUAAAUAUGCCUUUUGAAUUGAAUAGUUUAACCCAACCUCCUUGCCUUAAAUGCACAUGAAAGUCUGAUAUCCUUCUUCACUGUGGUAGGAAAGAUAGAUCAAUGCCCAUGGUUGCUUUUCCUGACUAAAGACUUGAGUUUUAUGAUUGCACACUUUGCACGUGGAAAGGGGGGGAAUAUGAAGACUGUGAAUCAACUUUUUGUUUCUAUCACUUGGAUCAUCAGUGCAGGAUAUUUAAGAUAUAAAGAUAAGAUAUUUUUUUAUAGGAAUUAAAAGUAUUUUUUAUUGUUUAUUCUAAAGGGAUUUUAUACUUUAGUGUCUCUUAAAUGGUAAUUUCAACAAACUUUGCAUGAAUCAGUACAGGUAAAUUUCACUUCCUGCCAUAAAGGAACAGGAAGGGAAAUGGAUAUUGAGUUUCAAAGGUUUAAAGUACUUUUAGGUUUAAAGUACUUUUAUCCCAGAAAGUUCCAACAAGAUGCUAUCUUUUUUAGCAGUGAUGAGAGAAUUGAUUUGCCUGCGCUGCUCAAAUAGGCUGAUUUUUGAACAAAUUCAAUUUGUAUGAAUCGCUUUCACUAGUUGGUCAAAUAUAUUGUGUUUCAGUAAGAAAAAGUUCCAGGUCAUAAUUUGAUUGCACUGUUCAGAAAACUUAUCCUACAGGCCAUGAUUAUCCAUGUAUCUCAUCAUCACGGGGUAUUGGGAUGAAUUAGCAAUAUUUAAUGCUUCACUUAAAGCAGCUCUGUCACAUGGAUCAACCCUAUACAACCAGGUAUAUAGCCUGGAAGGGUUGCUGACACUGAUUAAAAUGAUACAUAAACAUGGGUAGUAGCGUUGUGGAGAAGUUUAAACUUUAAUCAAUAUGCUAAUGAGCUAUUGGAGCACCAAGAGGCGGGCUUAUGCGGUUUGAGCACUGCUCUAGCACUGUCACUGGUGCUCCAUACAGACGCCCCCUCCCUUUAGAUUGACAGCCUGCGCACUAGCUCACUAGAACGGCACUUGAGCACAACAUCUUUGGCUUUAUCGGCAUGAAGCAAAGAUGCAUACUGCCCACGUGCUGUUCAUGUCGCUGAACUCAGAAGUGGCGGCUCUAUUGGCUUGAAGCCUAGACAGGCAGGGAUCUGACCUCUGGUCUAGUGCUGUCAAUCUAAAGGGAGGGGGGCAUGAUAUGCCUGGUUGUAUAGGGUUGAUACCAGUGACAGAGCCCCUUUAAGAGUCUUUUUGUAGUAAAGAUUAGGACCAUCUAGUGACUAGUUUGCAAAUAGAUUUUAAAGUGAACCUGUCACCGGGAUUUGAUGUAUAGAGCUGAGGACAUGGGUUGCUAGAUCGCCGCUAGCACAUCCGCAAUACCCAGUACCCAUAGCUUUGUGUGUUUUUUAUUGU